UUGCCGUAGUAAAGACUCACAUUAGUACAAGUUUUCCUUGCAAGCACAUGAAUUCCACUCGACUUUUUAACAGGAUUCCAAUCUAACACACUGCGGCGUUGGCACGUGACUACAAAAUAUCGCGGAGGAACUAAAACCACUUGAGCUUCUUAUUUAACAACCUCGCUUAUUGAAGCUUCUCGGGCUAACUUAGCCUAGCUUGCCGCUAACAAAGGAAUCGUUGGUGCAUUGCGCCGCUAAUCGGAGCAAGAGCGUGAGGAGAAAGUGUCUUGAUCAUCCUCUGAAAAUGUGUGCGAGAAAGACAAUAGGGUACGUGGUUGAACUUUGUGGAACCGGAGAGAAGAAACGUCAACUGGCGGAUGCUGCUUUGGAGGGAGCAGAUGUCAGUGAAGAGCCCCUUCGUACAGACUGCCGCUGCAUUAAAGAAGAAGAGGAGGAAGAGCCCCUUUACGUCAAAGAGGAAGAGGAGCCAGAGACCCCCCGCAUCAAGGAUGAAGAAGAGGACGAUCUCCCAGAGUUACCGUUGAUCUUGCUGAAGAGCAAAGAUGAUGAAGAUCAAGGUGAUGAGAAUGAAUGGGUGGAGUAUCCGAGCAGCAGCUCCGGUCAACACGUGACCACGGAACAGUCGGGCGGCCUCUUGGCUCCUCUAUCAGAAAGCGACGACAUCACCUCGCUGUCCCCCGACGACGACGACUACGACGUUGACUACCAACGCUCAAAAGAUGCGACGUCGUCUCGUGUCGACCGAAAACAUUGGGAAUGUUCUCAGUGUGGAAAAACUUUAAGUUCCAAGCGGGUUUUGAAAGAACACAUGCGAAUUCACACGGGAGAGAAACCUUUUGCCUGCUCGUUCUGCGGUCAACAGUUCUCUUUUCGGGAAAACCUUAAAAUACACACGCGGACGCACACCGAGGAGAAACCUUUUGUGUGCGCGGUCUGCGGAAGAGGAUUCACUCAAAAGACAAACUUGACGAAGCACACGCGAACGCACACGGAGGAAAAACCUUUUGUCUGCUCGGUUUGCGGCAAAAGAUUUACUCAAAAGACAAAUUUGAAAACGCACGCCAGAACGCACACCGGGGAAAAACCUUUCGUCUGCGCAGUUUGCGGCCUGAAAUUCUCCGUCAGGGGAAACUUGAGACGGCACACAAAAACGCACACCGGAGAGAAACCUUUUGUCUGCUCGGUCUGCGGCCUGAGAUUCGCCACGAAGCCGAAUUUAACGAGGCACGCGCGGACGCAUAGCGAAGAGAAACCUUACGCCUGCUCGUUUUGUGACGAACGCUUUGCCCUGCAGGCCAAUUUGAUCACGCACGUGAGGAUGCACACCGGACAAAAAACUUUCGCCUGCUCCGUUUGUGACAAAAGAUUCUGCGUCAUGGGAAACUUAAAAAGACAUGCCAUCACACACACGGGCGAGAAACCUUUUGCCUGCUCCAUUUGCGGUCAGAGAAUGUCCACCAAAGCAAAUUUAACCACACACACGAGGAAACACACUGGGGAGAAACCGUUCAGUUGCAGCGUGUGUGACAAACGAUUUUUGAGUAAGGCUUAUGUUAAGAGGCACAAGUGUACUGGUGAGAAGUGCGACAGUGAAGAAAUGAAGCUGUAAAUUGACAACAAUGGACGUCCAAUGUGUUUAAACUGGGAGGGUUGGCUGUGAUUGCUUGUCUCUCAAACCAUUUACAAACGGACGUUCAUUCGCCCUCUCCCAGUCCAAAUGGAUUGGACGUUUCGUUCGUCAAUGGCAGUAAAUGAUCCAUCAUGUCAA